AACCGAACCAUUUAAGCCUUAUUCUCACAGAUAUCAUGUCCCUUAUAAGGCCUCCAAUAGUACCUCUCCUUUUUGGUACUCAAUCAAGAGAGCUUCAGCAUGCAUCAUUUGUCUUGUCUUCCUAUUCAGCAUAUGGGAAGUAUACUCCUCAAUACCAAUGUCUUGCAGAGGAGCUACCAAAAGUGAAUAGAAGUGAGACGCCAUGGUUGAUUGUUCUUAUGCAUUCUCCAUGGUAUAACAGCAACAAGUAUCAUUAUAUGGUUGGGGAAACCAUGAGACACUACAAGAAUUUGUACUUUUAGCGACCAUUUUUUGCGACCAAUAUAAAAGUUGGUAGCUAAAGUUACCUUUUGGCGACCAAAUAUUAAUUGGUCGUGAAUGAUCAUUAUUUUUGGCGACCAAAUAUGAGUUGGUCGUAGAAGGUCAUAUUUUGGCGACC